GUGUGCCCCAGAAUAAGUGCAUAUGACAUUGCUUCUUCAAUAACACAGGUAAUCACCGUUGAGACGCACGCGCUGUGGACAAAUGUUUCUGGAAAUCCUAGUAUGUACUUUCGUUUGCACUUCUGACACCAUGGUUCCUUCACCCACUAGCUCUCCUGGUUGCAAGAAGCUCUAUGACACGAGCUUGUGUUCUGCAGAAACUGAAGACUGCAAUAAAGAUCAGGACGUAAGAAUAAACUAUAGUGGCGAAACUGCUACACUCAACUGUCCUGACAACUACCGACUUAAGAUCAGAUAUGGUGACGGAAAAAUCCAAGGAGACGUUACGGUGAAGCAGUUCAAAGCAAAUUUUCAAAUUUAUUGUUUGGAUGGACGAUGGGGUGUAUUUAAUAAAGACGAUUCUGCCAAAAAGGACGUUUCUUCGGGAGAGGAAAUAACAGGUCUAGCUUGUCACAAAGAGCCACCCUGUGGGCCUUGCCCUGGAUCGAGCAGCUCUUCGUCGUAUCCACACCCUAAUGCUCAGGUAUUCUGUGCGCCUUGUCCUCCAUUCUGGAGCAGCUUUUCGAUACUGUACCCACAACUUAUUUUCCAAACCAGUGACCACCACCACCACCACCCUGACCACCACCACCCUGACCACCACCAUUCCAGCUGUCUGCCUUGUCCCAUGUUUGGGAACAGCUUUGCUUUUUCGCCGUCCCCUCAGCAGUUUCUAAUGACUUACACAAUGUGUGCACCUUUUAAUGCCCGCGGUAUUUUAUUUUUGAAUUUUACUUUUGUCGAAGCCGAAGCAAAGUGGUGAUUACUGCACACAUCAACUUUAUGUUGUGUUCGAAUAGAGGAAAAUAAAUUAUCGUUAAAACA